AGCGCCGCCAGCACCAUGCAGCGGCAGCCCGCGCGCGCUGUGCGCAGCGCCUGUGCGGGUCUGGCCCUGGCCUUCCUGUGCACAGGUCCUUGGCUCGCCGCCGCCCUUGCUCCGUGGGGACAGGAAGCUCAGUGCGAAGUGUGUAAAGGAUUUUUGGACAGAUUUUACAACUCAUUAAAAGAAAAACAUUCUGACUUCACCAUGGCCACCAUAGAGAAAGAACUGGUUAACAGCUGCAUGGAUACAAAAGGAAAAGAACACCGCUUGUGCUAUUACAUUGGGGCAACAAGCGAUGCAGCCACGAAGAUCAUCAGUGAGGUCAGCCGCCCAAUGAGUGCUCAUGUGCCUGUGUCGAAGAUAUGCGAGAAACUGAAGAAGAAUGACAUUCAGAUCUGUGAGCUCAAAUAUGAAAGGAAACUGGACUUAAACUCGGUGGAUCUCUCCAAGAUGAGAGUGGCUGAGCUGAGGAAGAUCCUGGAUAGCUGGGGAGAAGUGUGCAGAGCAUGCAUAGAGAAAACAGACUUUGUGAACUUGAUUAAGGAGGUGGCACCUAAGUAUACGCCUACAAACCCCAAAUCUGACCUUUGAUACUUGUGCCAACCUAGUGCUUCCUAUGGUAGGUCAUCUCUCUGUGCACAAAGAAUGACUGACAAUGGAAUAGCUGAGCUAAAAAACUUACUUGGUUACAACUCACAAGUGCUAAAAAAUGGAGUUAUUAUUAAUAAUUGCUUAUCUAGCACCACAGAAGGGCACAGUACUUUACAGACAAGACAGAGUCACUGCAUCAAAGAACAUAAUAUAUAAGAAUCAAAUUGUAUUUGUAUUGCCAUAGCAAAUAGAGUCCUCAGCCCCACAGUGCUAGCACUGUACACACACAAAACAAAAAAAUGGCCCCUGCCCCAGAAAUCUUUUACUUUAAAGUAGAAGAGGAGAGACCAAACCCCACCCCCCUACACAAACCUCAAACAGACCUUUAGCUAAACCAGUGUAAUGUGUGUAGACAAUCUUAGGGCUUGUACGGCUUUCACCAUAUUGGUUUAAAAACCAUUAAAUAUUAUUGACAAAAUACUAUUAUUUUCCAUGACAUAAUAUAUACAGUUAUAAGCAAUUUGAUAAUAGUAUAACUGCAUCCACAGUAGAGGGUUGCAUCAGUUCAACUACAUUGGUUUCUAAACCAAUCUGUUUAAGUCAAUACACAAACUGUGUGGAGACCAGCCCUUGUGUCUAUUCAAACCUGGCUUGUAUUGAUAUAGUUUGUAAUGCGCAGGUACAACUUGUACAUUCAUGCACACCUUUCAACUGCUGCAGUGAAUGAGGCAGGGGCCUUACAACCAGCAUUCUGUAGUGAAUGAGGCUGUUACCUCAUCCACUGUCCAUCUUGUGCAUUUCCAAUCCUAGGUCGACACCUUGAUAUAUUCAGGGAAGAGCAAUAUUUUUAUUUAAGGAGUUUGGAAACAGAGAAAUUAGAGGCGGAAAAGACUAUUUGAUUAUUUAGUGUAUUCCUCCUUCUAGUUGAGGUACUCCAGGGGGUCCAUAGGCCCUGCUGAUUAACUCCUCCCCCUC